CUUAGUUCCUCUAAUCCCUCUGUUCCUUCUCCCCUCCCCAUCUCUCUAAAACCCUUCUCUGAGGGAGGAACAGCUAUAGCUCGGGGGAUAAUAUAGCUUUAAGGAAACUUUUGGCAGAUGCAGACGUCCUAACAUCUGGGCAGUGUUAACAGAAUCCCGGAGGCCUGGACAGACCAGGAGCCACUCGUUCUAGGAAUGUUAAAGUAGAAGGUUUUUUUGUUUUUUUUUUUUCCCCGACUGAUGAGAGGAGCAGAGAGGAAGGAGAAAGAGGAAGAGAAAGAAAGAGAGCACAAAAAACCAUAAAACAGAUUCUGUAUUUCUUCUUCCCCUCACUUCUGAAGGUUCAUUGAUGGCUGACUUUUGAAAGUCAUUUUCCUUUGCCCUGGUACUUCAGGCCACAUCUAUUCUUGUCUUUUUACCCCCCCUUUCAAGGAUGGCCAGUCAACUAACUCGAAGAGGAGCUCUCUCUCUGCUGCUCUUCCUAACUCCAGCAGUGACAUCAACAUGGUAUGCAGGUUCAGGCUACUAUCCAGAUGAAAGCUACAAUGAGGUAUAUGUAGAAGAGGUCCCACGGGCUCCUGCCCCAGACUACCGAGUUCCCCGAUGGUGUUAUACAUUAAAUAUCCAGGAUGGAGAAGCGACAUGCUACUCACCAAGGGGAGGAAAUUAUCACAGCAGCCUGGGCACACGGUGUGAGCUCUCCUGUGACCGGGGCUUUCAACUGAUUGGACGGAGGUCCGUGCAAUGCCUGCCAAGCCGCCGCUGGUCUGGAACUGCCUACUGCAGGCAGAUGAGAUGCCACGCACUGCCAUUAAUCACUAGUGGCACCUACACCUGUACAAAUGGGCUGCUUCUUGACUCCCGCUGUGACUACAGCUGUUCCAAUGGUUACCACCUGGAAGGUGACCGCAGCCGAAUCUGCAUGGAAGAUGGGCGAUGGAGUGGAGGCGAGCCUGUAUGUGUAGACAUAGAUCCACCCAAGAUCCGUUGUCCCCAAUCACGUGAGAAGAUGGCAGAACCAGAGAAACUGACUGCUCGGGUAUACUGGGACCCACCCUUGGUGAAAGAUUCUGCUGAUGGUACCAUCACCAGAGUGACACUUCGGGGCCCUGAGCCAGGCUCUCAGUUUCCUGAAGGAGAGCAUGUGAUCCGUUACACUGCCUAUGACCAAGCCUACAACCGGGCCAGCUGCAAGUUCAUUGUGAAAGUACAAGUGAGACGCUGCCCAGUUCUGAAACCACCACAGCAUGGCUACCUCACCUGCACCUCAGCAGGGAACAACUACGGUGCCACCUGUGAAUACCACUGUGAUGGUGGUUAUGAGCGCCAGGGGACCACCUCUCGGGUCUGCCAGUCCAGCCGCCAGUGGUCAGGAUCACCACCUAUCUGUGCUCCUAUGAAAAUUAAUGUCAAUGUCAACUCGGCUGCUGGCCUUCUGGAUCAGUUUUAUGAGAAACAGCGACUCCUCAUCAUCUCAGCUCCUGAUCCCUCCAACCGGUAUUAUAAAAUGCAGAUCUCUAUGCUACAGCAAUCCACCUGUGGACUAGACCUGCGGCAUAUGACCAUCAUCGAGCUGGUAGGGCAGCCACCUCAGGAGGUGGGGCGCAUCCGGGAGCACCAGCUGUCAGCCAACAUCAUUGAGGAGCUCAGGCAAUUUCAGCGCCUCACUCGCUCCUACUUCAACAUGGUGUUGAUUGACAAGCAGGGCAUCGACCGGGAACGCUACAUGGAACCUGUCACCCCCGAGGAAAUCUUCACGUUCAUUGAUGACUACCUACUGAGCAACCAGGAGCUGAUCCAGCGCCGGGAGCAAAGGGACAUAUGCGAGUGAACUUGAGCCAGGGCAUGGUUGAGGUCAAGGGAAAAGCUCCCCUAGUUAGCUGAAACUGGGACCCAAUAAAAGGAGGAAAUGGUCUCCCACAGUUCCAGGGACAGGACACCAAAGUGGGUGAGUUUCACCAGUCCUGGGACACUUCCAGGCACCUUUUUAGGGUGUGCAAUAGUUUCCCUAAGCAAGUCUCUGCUUCAGGUGGCACUGGAGGAGCAUAAGAAGCUAGGUAGGGACUGAGGGAAGGCCCUGGGCAGUGGGUUGGGGAUAGGUCUUUCUUUCCUAACCUGGGCCUCUGCCCAGCUCU